AUGCAGCUCCUGUCGCAACACUUGGCAACAGAUCGGGACGCCGCGUUGUGCUGUCUCUGGUGCACUUGGGCGCCGCCGCCGGCACGCGCGACGCCGCUGCCGGCACGCGCGACGCCGCUGCCGUGCCUACAGCUGCUGUUCGGCUCCGAGGGCUCAGACUGCAGUCCCGGCUAUGUACACGCGUCUCUUGUGCCUGCGGUGGCUGCACGAACGAAGACCGCGGUAGUGUCCCGCCGGACGCGCGCCGCUGCACUAACUGGUCUGCAGCGCAACUACCGUAGCCGAUAUUGA